CUGAGCGAACGUCGCAAGGGACACGCGUUAAGGUCAAGGUUCACUACUACCGUGCUGUUACCCCUCAAACCGUGGUACGCGCUACGACCCUGUGUGUUUACCAUAGAUUAGAUUUGAUUCUGUGCCAGCUAUAGUUUGAGCUGUUUACACAUAUCUCCACAGAACUGCGCACCAAAACUUCAGCUCUUCAAGUUCAAGUUAAAUCUUAGUUAAGGUUGCAUUAGCACACCUAUUUUCGACGGCCUGGUGGCUAAGUGAUGUUUCUACCAUGGAUGGAAUCGUGCAAGCCAGCCACCUUACCGACGUGUUCCAGAAAAGAGCGUUGUCUCCCCCGCCAGGCCGGCGAGAGAGAACGGACUCCGACCCUCCGUACGGCCGGAAGAGAUCGUACACGUCACCGGUACCCAUCGACCUAGAGCGGCGCCACCAUCAUCACCACCACUACCAUCAUCACCAUCAUCGUCGUAGGACCAACUCGGAGAAAGAACACAAGGAAAAGUCUACAUCAGAAGGGAGCGCUUCUCCCAAGCCAAGCAGCCUCGCAGUCAAGCUACACUUGCCUCACCUACACCUGCCCUCCUUUCUGACACCACCGAGCCGCCGCAAACAUGACGGAAAUAAGUCCGAAGAACAAAGUGCACCUGGGACAAAAGAAGAACAGACGGACGAGCACAGCGGAUCUGAUGAUAACGAGAACUGACAGGACUGUGUAAGAAACGUACACUUAUGACGCGACACUCUUACAAUAUAUUAGUAAGCACUCAAGUGAUACGGUAACUUUAUGCUUUACGAUAUCGAUGUUGGCGUAUAAUGUUGUUGUAGAUAUUUGACAAGCCAUGUAUCUAAUAGCCUACUGAAAAUAUGUGAGAAAAAACACGCUGCAGUGGAUGACUGUUGCAGAAAACGAUAUAUCGGUUUUACAUCAAUAGAUAUAAUAUAAUAGAAACAAUUAGAUAUGAUGUUGGUGGUUUUGAAAUCUGGGGAAAAUAAUAUAAUAUCAGUAAAAAUGUUUUCAAAGACAUUUAAUUCCAGUGAGCUAUAUUGUAGAGUUAGAUGAACAUUACAUUAUACAUUACCACGCUUAAUUUUGGAGAGCACAUUCUAAUUUGUUCUAGUUUGGGUGAAAUUCUGUGACCGUAAUAUUGGCUGCAGUUCUUGUUCAUUAUUGUAAAUAUUUCAAUUUGAUACAAUGCAUUAGAUCCAUUUCAACUUGAAUUGUCUCAAAAAGAGCAAUGGCAUGUGGCUUGGUAUAAAGAAGUUUCAGAUGGAUUUUGAAGGAGCAAAAACAAAAAGCUCGGAAAGUCUAGCCCUAUAGUCAAAAUUGUUAAAGCGAUAAACUUCUUGGACAAUUUUACCGAUGAUGUUUCUAUAUAUCUGUGUGCGUAGAGAACAAUGACAACAUGUUUUUGUUAUUGUGCACGUUGUACAUAACGUAGUUCUAUCAUUUGCUCCCGAGUAACGGAUACACCCAACGUCGCUACUAUAGCAGGCAGAACAAAAUAAAUGUACACAAAUGAUUUAUUGACUUAGCUAAUGGGGAGGGGGGCAUUCACACCUACUCACCAAAGGUAUUUGUACAUUGAACUGUGUACAAAACAUUAGAAUUAUUUCGGUAACGAUUGUAAAUUCACUUGUUGUAAAUAAAAUGCAAGUUGCGAAAGAAAUAGAGACAGAGAUAUGUUUUAAGGCAAAAGAGAACAUUUUGCUAGAUCUUAAUUUUCAUAGUAAUAGAUGAAGUUCUGGU